GAGAGGUGGGCGCCAGGAGCCGCUCUUCUUUCCCCUCCUCACGUGAGAGGAGUCAAGAUGGCGGGAAGCGCGGUUGCAGCGGCCUCGGCCCUUAGGCGGAGCCGGGUCCGGGGCUGCUUGCUCGGGGCACUGCUGGGCGACUGCUUGGGAGGCGGCUUCGAAGCUUCCGAAUCGGUCGCCUUGACGGAACUGCUGAGCUUCGUGCGCUCGCUCCAGUCAGAGGCGGCGGGUGGCAGGAAAAUCCUCAUCUACAGUGAUGAUACAGAGAUGACCCACUCAGUAGUGAGGUCACUACUAGCCAAGCGGGCCUUUGAUGAAGUGGAUAUGGCAAAGCGGUUUGCUGAGGAAUAUAAGAAGGAUCCUGACCGCGGCUAUGGAGGUGGUGUGAUUACUGUAUUCAAGAAACUCCUUAGUCCCAAAUGCAGAGAUGUGUUUGAGCCAGCAAGACAGCAAUUUAAUGGGAAAGGCUCUUAUGGGAAUGGUGGUGCCAUGAGAGUGGCAGGCAUUUCACUAGCUUACUCUAAUGUUCAAGACGUAAUGAAGUUCGCUAAACUGAGUGCCGAGUUGACACACUCCAAUUCCAUGGGUUAUAAUGGAGCUCUACUGCAGGCCUUGGCAGUUCACUAUGCUCUCCAGGGUGAGCUGAGUCGAGAUAAGUUCCUGGAGCAGCUGAUAGGCCACAUGGAGGAUGUGGAAGCAGAUGACAAGUCUAUUGCGGAUGCACGAAUGCUGGGCUAUGAGGAAUUACCAUUUUCAAAGCGUCUAAAGAAGAUAAAAGAAUUUUUGGAGCACAGCACCAUCCCCAAAUCAGAUGUGGUGUUAGAAUUAGGCAAUGGCAUCGCAGCUCUGCACUCUGUCCCCACUGCCAUCUAUUCCUUCCUGCGCUGCAUGGAAUCCCACCCAGAUAUCCCUGAGGAUUACAACAGCCUGCAACGGACCAUUAUCUACUGCAUCUCAUUGGGUGGAGACACGGACACCAUUGCCACCAUGGCUGGAGCCAUCGCUGGGGCAUAUUAUGGGGAAGAACAGGUGCCCCAGCACUGGAAGUAUAGCUGUGAAUCUUUUGAGGAGACAGAGAAGCUGGCUGACAGCUUGUGUGAACUCUACUGCUAGCAGGUCUGAGCCCUAGAAAGAGGAGUCUGGUACCAGGUCAUCAGAUAUGUGUUUCUGUUUCAUUUCCCAAAGGAGGGGAAAUUCAUCUGCAAAGGGGGGGGGGGCUUUUAUUUCUUCAAGGGAAACAUGCCUAGAAUGUUCUGGGUGGCUGGCAAAGUUUUCUACUGCAGCUCAAAAGUGCCAAUUGCUUUCUGCUGCAUACAUUGGCUUUGUCUGAUUUUGAGACUUUUAUUAUUAAAUCUCAGUUGGAGUCAAAACCUCUGUCAAUUCAAUAUGUCUAGAGUCAGAAACUCUUAGUACUGGGUGAGGACAGGACUGUAAGCAUUGCAUUUCAUCCAGUGUUAGGGUGCAAAUUCAUCAGACACAGCUAAAGAAACUGCUUUUGGAUUUCCUGUGUAGUAGCCAGAGGGAAAAAGCUGGACACUCCAUCUUAUAACUGAGUAAUCUGAGUACUUGGGAGUCUUGAGAUUUCACACCUGUCUUCGAUAACCAGGAAUGUGGGUUACCAGUAGUAAAUCUAAAAUAAAUAAAACAUGGCUGCCUUAAGCAGCAACCAAAAGGCCAAACUGGAUGAUACAUUGACAUGGAUACAUUCUGCUAAACGUGAAGGGGAGCAGGAACCACUUUUCUGCCCACCCAGCAUGCCUAUCCUGCCUCCAGUGCCACUCAUUGUCCACAUGUGGGACUUGCAUUUGGGCAUGCAUGUGCAAAAUCCACUGUGCAAAGCUUCAGAUCAUGUGAGUAAUACUCAGAUGAAAUCUAGGAAUUAAAUGUGCAGUGUGGAUCUACCUUCAUUCGAAUUUCUGGUGGUGUUAAGGAGUAGGACAAAGGUUCACACUCUCUACUAUGCCAAGUUUUCAAGAGAAUUCUGUAUUUUUUUCAAGAAAGGAAGUUGCCCAAUUUGGUGCAUGUUAAGUGUGAAGCCAAGCCUAAACAGUACUCUAGUGCAUAUGUGGUAGCUCUAUCCAAGCAGGCUCUUCCCUGUUAGUGUCAAUAUUUGUGGUGCUCCAACCUUUCUGUGAGGCCUCUGUGUGCAUACAGUGAUCUCUGAAACCGUCCUAGUGGACUUGUGUAAGAGGGAGACUUAGCUGUUCUGGUCAGCUUGAAAACCUUCUGUAUCUUUCACUUCUCAGUUGGUGAUCAAAGAACAGUCUUGCUCUAAAGAUGGGGAUUGAAAAUAUAUUUGCUUUGGCCUGAUUUUUCAGGUAGAACCUUGAAAUGCAAAUAACUCUUUUUGUAAAAUAAGAUUUAUUGAUGUUGGGUCAAUACAAUCAAGUACUGUAGUUUCAGUUCAAAAGUGAACGCCAGUUUUUGAUCACAAAACAAGAGUGCAUUUUAAAACCAAAUUUGCUAUGAAACAGUGCAUGUAACAUAAGUAUUUACAAAACUAAAAACCCUCUAUAUACUAAGUUAGCAAUGGAUACUAAAGACAAACUUCUUUUCUUUUUAAAAAAAGAGAAUUGGUACAUUAAAAUGAACAUUGUAAUGCAUAGUUCAAAGUUUCCAAACCUGAUCUUUCUGCUGACGCCCAAAUCUCUCCGACAAAAAAACAAACUUUGUCAUAGAUAAAUAUCAGGUACUGAACACAUUAAAAAAAAAAGCCAACCCAUGACUUGCCAAUCAGCCCACACUUCAUUUUCUCUUGUGUUAACAGCACCUGUACAAUGUGCAACGUUAAGAAGUUUAAAAAGUUGAAUAAAUGAGACGAGAGAGUAGUGAAGCUGCAGAACAGCACCGGUGAAAUGGAAUGAUUUAAUACUCCCAAGUUUGGAGAUAAAUGUGCAUUUUGUCACUGUGUUUGUGCCAGAAUGCAAAUCUGCAAAGGAGGAAGGAAAAAAGGUUAUAUCUGUGUUCGAACACAGUAUAAAUAAAUUGUGUACAACGAAACCUGGAGCAAACCUUAGAUUUAUGCAAGUCUCUACUGCCAUUAGUGUACUUAUCUACCACUUUUUCCAUCUCUGCCAAUCUGGCUUUUGUUAAAUAGUAACACAUUUUCUUAGAUCUAUGUUAAACAUGGAAGCUUGAUGCUCUUCUUCACAGGAAAAUACACUUAAAUCUAGAGCACAAGUCUCCUAGAAAUCUUCUUCCAAUAUUAAGCACGUGGAAAAUGUGUGCAGUUGGCUUCUUCAGUUUUAGCCUGUGGUGACCCAAUGUGAAACCAAAGACGUUGUUGCAAGUGGAGUGUGCUUUUGGCAUUCUCCUCAUCUCCAGGAAUUUAGAAAACAUCAGAUGGAAUCAGAAAUAUUGGGCCUAUUCUUUUUGUUGUGUCUAAAUCAGACAAACAAGUUUAAGUUAAAAGAUGGAAGAAAAGAGGCGGAUGGUAGCAAAGCUGGAAUAGCAGGUGGCCCAAGUUUCAAUGCUCCAGUAUCUUUCUAUCAGGGUUAGUUAUUUUUACAAUCCAGAAAUGUGUUUCCCCCCUUCUUAUUUCACCCUAGAAUACUUGUUCACAAACUUAAUGUUUAUUGUUUUAAUGUUUAAAUAUAUCUAUCUACAUUAAA